AUGACUCAAAUUGCAAUUUUAAAGUUUGAAGCUGGGGGAGACAUCGACGGUAUGCUUGCUGCUCGCAUAGGAGCCGUAUUCAUGCCUCAUGGUCUCGGUCACCUACUUGGGCUUGAUGUUCAUGACUGCGGAGGAUAUCUUGGAGACGCCACACCUCGAUCGAAUCUUCCAGGAUUGAGUUCAUUACGAACAACAAGAACACUGAGGGAGAGAAUGGUCAUCACCAUUGAACCGGGUUGUUAUUUCAUUGACACGCUACUUGAUGCCGCAUUGAAUAAUCCCGAACAGGCC